GACGCACCACCUUGUCCAUCAGUCCCGCGUAAACAAAGGGCAAGAGUGACGUGAUGCAUUUCUGAGUCCCUGCCAAUUUCCCCCAACCUUGACUUCAUUCACCGUACCGUCCUCUCCUCCCAGGCCACACGAACAAAACCAGCCACAUCCCUCACUCCUCAUUCCACAACUGUUGGCCUCGAUCUCACCUUCAUCAAACUGGUUCUGCAUAUCGUUGCAGCAAUAAACCACCGAAGAACAGAUAUCGUCUUCUAUCACGACCUCGAUAUCCACGCACCAUGAGACUUUCACUUGGUCUCGCAACGCUGGCUCUGGCGGGUUCCGCCAUGAGCAGCAGCUGGUUCAGCAAAGCUGCCUACAACAAAUGGCACGAGACAGAGCUUGAGCGCUGGCUCUCGGAUCACGAUGUCCCAUACCCCACUCCCUCCGACCGCAAGGACCUCGAGAACCUCAUUCAGAAGAACUGGGAGAACAACGCCGUCUCGCCCUACAAGAACUGGGACUCGGACAAGCUGAGUGCAUACCUGAAGCAAAAGGGUGUUGAGACCAAGGAGGGCGCUGGAUCUACCAAGGACUCCCUCUUCACACAGGUUCAGAACUCUUGGUACGAGACCGAGGACAAGGCUCAGACCGCCUGGAGCAGCACCAAGGACUGGAUCCUGGACAGCUGGACUGAUAGCCAGCUCAAGGCCUUCUGUGACAAGCACGGCAUCCCUGUUCCCCAACCCCGCAAGCGUGAUACCCUUCUCGAGAAGGCUCGCUCCAACUACGAGUCUAUCGCCAAGAAGGCUGGUGAGACUGCUGCCUACCCUGGUAACUGGCUGUACGAGACCUGGUCGGAGUCGGAUUUGAAGGAGUGGCUAGAUACCCACGGUGUCCCUGCUCCUCAGCCCUCGUCUCGUGACAAGCUUAUCGCCUCCGUUCGCCGCAACUCCCGUCUUGCCUCAUUGAAAGCUCAGGACCAGGCUGCCUCUGCUUCUGCCAAGGCCAACGCUGCGUAUGCAACCCUCACGGACAAGAUCAUUGACGCGUGGGGUGAGUCUCAGCUCAAGGAGUUCGCUGACAAGAACAACAUUCCUGUUCCCCAGGGCUCCAAGACCAACGAGCUCCGUGCCCUCGUCCGCAAGCACCGUGCUCAGAUUCUUGGCGACUCUGCUUCUGCUUCAGCUGCUAGCGCCUCCGCUUCUGCAGCUAGCGCUUUCGGUGCCGCAACCAGCAGCGCCGGAAACCAGUAUGCCAAGGCCACUGACAGCGCCAGCCUUGCCGCUCAGGAAGCUUUCAACGGAGCUGUCGGUACCUGGACCGAGAGCCGUCUCAAGGCCUUCCUUGAUGCUCGUGGUGUCCCCGUUCCCCACGGCUCCAAGUCUGACGAGCUCCGCGCACUCGUCCGCAAAAACUCCCACAAGGCUGCUACUGGUUACAACGCCUGGACAUGGGAUGAUCUCUCUACUGAGAACUUGAAGGAGUACCUCAAGAGCAGCAGUGAUGCCACUGCACAGAGCGCUGCCAACAAGGCCGGUGCUACCCGCGAGGAGCUUGUCUCUGCCGCUAACUCGGCUUACGCUUCUGCCUCUUCUGCUGGUGGAGAUACCUAUGCUUCGGCCACCAGCCUUCUUGCUCAGGCUACCGGUGCCGUCAAGCAGAACACCUUCGACACGUGGACCGACAGCGAGAUCAAGGCUUACCUCGACAGCUACGGUAUCCCCGUUCCCCAGGGGUCCAAGCUCGAGGAGCUCAAGGCCUACGCCCGCAAGCAGUCAACUUACUUCAAGUACGGUACUAGCGGCCCUGCCGAUACUGCCUUCGCCAAGCUCACUGCCGCUGUUAAGGGUGGUGCUCAGUGGGUCCUCGACCAGGUUGGUGCCGGCGGCGCUGCUGCCCAGAAGAAGGCCAACGAGGCCAAGAAAGAGUUGUAAUACCCUAUUCGGUUACCAUAUCAUCGACCUGCACUGCGGUCAACUAGGAUGGAAGGUUACGACGCGGAAUGAAUGUUAUGACAAAAAGACACUGUACUCAUAUGGUUGAAAAUGGACAGGUGAAUCCCUGUAAGGUGUCGGGAAUGAUACCACUUGUUCUGCUUUUCUCGGUAGUUCGCGAGCUUAAUAAUAGCCUGUUUUAUUACGCCAGAAUUACUUUUCUACAUUCCAUACGUGAUUCAUUGUAUUAAAAUGUGAAAAUACUUUGAUUUUAUGAAAUGCGUUUUUCUUUUUAAUAAAGUAACCCUUUCUACAUUCAAUCAUCUUAUAUCCAAGUUAAAAAA